AUGCCGAUCCAAGAGAAAUCCCAAAGUGAGUCGGACCUCAGGGACCUUUUUCAGCGGAUCAUGGGGGCGCCUCACAACUGGUGCGUUCUGUCUUCUGUCGUUGCUGCUAGUGACGCCGUCUCCCCCACUGGCGAUCUCCACUGCAGAACUCGACAGCCGCACACUGGUGUGCCAUGCGACCUGAACGACGACGACUGCGUCGGAGACUCCAUCGGUAGUGCUUUCGCGCAGAUCGACUACGCCAUCAGUCGCAUCGUUGCAUAUCGAGCACUUCCCGAGUGCCUCCGCACCCCACCGGAGAAUGCCGAUGCGCUGAAUAGAGGGUCGCAACUAUUCCCCAUGGUUCCCAAUUAUUUGCACGAUCGUGAUCGGAUAUCGGAUUCAUGA